UCAAGUUUUAGAGCCGCACCAUUAGAGAUGCUUUUUAUAAGGAGAAUUUGUAUUUAUGGGAGCCUUAUGGUAGUUGAGCCUCAAAUGGAGCCUCCAUUGGGAUGGCCAAAAGUAUGCCAAAUUAAGGGUAUUUUUUGGUUGGAUGAUGUGAGGUAGUUGAGAAUCAAGUUGAGAUAACCUUGCUGAUGUCACCAUCCACUAAGAGGAAAAAUAAGAAUCUUUUACUUUCCUACUCUCACGAGAGUAUGAAAUUAGCGUCGUUGUGCGUUUGUAAGCGCACCAGGCGGAGCAUGUUUUGUUCCUCCCUCGAGUUCUUCAGAGCCCUGUGGUUCUGGCAACUCUUCACUGCAACAAGUGUCUCUAUCUACACCAGUGACUUUCUCUCUCUAGAUUUUUUCUAUGCAUGUAGCUCUUCUUGCUUUGCUUCCCUGCAGAUUUCUUCGCCAUUUUCUCCAUUCAAAGGGCGGAUGCUCGGAGCUCUCUUCGGUUUCACAGGACAAAGCCACGGCAAGGUGAAUUUUCGAGGAGGUGAAGUGCAUUUCCGAUAUUAACAAGCAGAGAGCUUCACGAUCAGAGAGGUCCUCUGCAUUUUCAUCUCGCACGGCAACAGUCCUCAGGAUAGCUCGGCAGCUGGGUUCAUUUGGGUCACGAUGAUUAUUUGUUUAACCGCCCAUCUUGGAAACCUCUGCGUGGGCCAAACAUAGCUUAUAGAGAAAUGGAUGGAAAUACUUCUGGCGAAGAUGGGAAUGAUAUUGACUGGAGUACAGAAGAUGAGCUGGAAAUUGAGAGCUUCACUUUAUCUUCUUCUUCAAGUCUGACAGUUCCUGGUAGAGAAGCUAUUGCGGGCUCUGGGGAGGCGAGCUCAUCUCAAGGUCCUUCAAAUUCCAAAGUUGUUGAUCAUUUUGUUGGGAUGGGAUUUUCUGGAAAAAUGGUUGCCAAAGCAAUUCAGGAACAUGGAGAGGAGAAUACAGAUUCAAUUCUUGAAACCCUCCUCACAUAUUCAGCUCUUGAAAGUUCUCCCCAAGAACCGCAACAAGUUGAUUGUGAUGAUCAGUUUUCUUCGGAUAGUGAAGCGAGCUUUCUGGAUGAUUUUUCAGAUAUCGAUAGUUAUUCUGAUAAUGAGGACAUCCUAAAUCCUACAUCCGAGAAAAACAAAAAGUUAUUAUCCUUGGUCAAUAUGGGGUACACAGCAGAGGAGGCUUCAAUAGCAAUAGAAAGAUGUGGUCUUGACUCCACAGUUGUUGAGUUGACUGAUUUCAUAUGUGCUGCUCAAAUGGCAAGGGCCGAAGAUGCCCAUCUUCCUCUUGAAGAGAAGCCAAGAUUAAAUCACGCAUACAAGAAGAGGAAACUUCUUCAGUAUGAGCUGCUGAAAAAGAAAAAGCUUAUGAGACUUGGGAACAAGACCAUAGACGAAGAUGAUGAGACAGUUCAUCUCCCAAAUCCAAUGGUUGGGUUUGGCAUCCCAUCUGAACCAUGCUUGAAAACACACAGGAACCUUCCAGAGGCGGCUUUAGGCCCACCGUAUUUCUAUUAUGAGAAUGUGGCACUUACUCCUAAAGGGGUUUGGAGUACUAUAUCCCGCUUCCUAUAUGAUGUACAACCGGAGUUUGUUGACUCCAAGUAUUUCUGUGCUGCUGCGAGGAAAAGAGGUUAUGUUCACAAUCUUCCUAUUGAAAACAGAUUUCCUCUUAUUCCGCUUCCCCCACACACCAUACAUGAGGCAUUUCCCUUGAUAAGGAAAUGGUGGCCUUCUUGGGAUACGCGGACAAAGUUGAACUGCUUGCUAACCUCCAUUGCCAGUGCAAAAUCAACAGAAAGGAUCAGGAAGGCUCUUGAGGAUUAUGAUGGUGAACCACCACUGAGAGUCCAAAAAUAUGUUCUUGAUGAAUGCCGGAAGUGGAAUCUGGUGUGGGUAGGAAGAAAUAAGGUUGCCCCACUUGAGCCUGAUGAAGUGGAAAUGCUUUUGGGCUAUCCAAAGAACCACACAAGGGGAAUAAGCAGGACUGACAGAUACAAAUCACUCGGGAAUUCAUUCCAGAUUGAUACAGUGGCAUACCAUCUGUCAGUAUUAAAAGAGAUGUUUCCCAAUGGCAUCAACCUCCUCUCUCUUUUCUCUGGGAUUGGUGGGGCAGAAAUAGCUCUUCACCGGCUUGGUAUUCGUCUAAAGAAUGUCGUGUCGGUAGAGAUCUCUGCAGUGAAUAGAAAUGUUGUGAGGAGUUGGUGGGAGCAGACCAACCAGAGAGGGAAUUUGUAUGACCUUGAUGAUGUACAGCAGCUGAACGGUGACAGACUGGAGCAUUAUAUGACUUUAUUUGGUGGUUUUGAUCUUGUAGUUGGUGGGAGUCCAUGCAACAAUCUUACAGGCAGCAACAGGCUUCAUCGAGAUGGACUCGAGGGUAAAGAAUCUUCGCUCUUUUAUCACUACUAUCGUAUACUAGAUUUAGUCAGGUCCAUAAAGACAUAAAACAAUUGAUUCCAUGUAAAUAUGCUUCAACCCCCACUGUGCAUUGGAAAGCCUUGUCUUGCUUUGUUUUUUCUUUUUUCUUUUUCUCAAGUUUGGACUUACUUUCUUUCCUAGACUUCCCUUCUUUUCCUUCGAAUUAUCUUACAAUUGAUCCUCUCAA